GUUGUAUCUCUGAGUCCAGAUAAUUCUAAUGGGAAAUAUGUGUAACGUAUGUAUUAAAUUAAGAAUUUGACUUUCGUGGCUUGUUGCUUAAUGUGAGGGAACGAUGGACGUAGGGAAUCAGCCGAUUAUCGAAGAAUGGGUACAAAAUCGCAGAGUGGAAUACCCGGCAGUGCCCUUCCAGUGUGACUCGAGCGAUGAGUGGACGUACACGAUGCGGCGCUCGAUGCAGGAGAUCGUGCCCGGGCUGUACCUGGGGCCGUACUCGGCUGCUGUGCGCUGCCGCCUCAAGGCGCUGCUGGCCCACGGUGUGACGCACAUUGUGUGUGUGCGCCAGGCCGUGGAGGCCCACUUCGUCCGCCCAAAUUUCCCCGACCAAUUCAAGUAUUUGGUGCUCGACAUAGCGGAUUCGCCUAACGAGAAUAUAAUACAGCACUUUGGCACAGUGCGACAGUUUAUUGACGAAGGACUGAAUGCCGGAGGGAAGGUGCUGGUGCACGGAAAUGCCGGCAUAUCGAGGUCUGCAGCUCUUGUGCUCGCCUAUGUCAUGGAGAAGUAUGGACUCAGCUGCAGUGCAGCAUUCGGCCUCGUGCAGCAGAGGAGGUUCUGCAUAAACCCGAACGAAGGCUUCUUGGCACAACUGACAGAGUUUGAGCCCAUCUAUCGGGCCCAGCAGACGCUCCGCAACGGUGAGGCAUCGACGCCGCGCUUCAAGCGGCCACUGGAUGAUGCGGGCUGUGAGCCGCCGCCGCCUCCGCCGUCGCCCUGCGCCCCUGCAGCUGUCACAAUGCGGUGAUUGCGGCCACCCGGCCGUCCCGGACAAUUUCCGGGCGGUACUUUGAGAGACGUGGACUGUGUCAUGUAAUUUGUGAAACCUCUGCAGUUAUUCGUUGCCAAUUGUUGUGACAUUAGCAGGAUUUUUCCACGGUGGCCAGAUAGUUGCUAAAUUAACAGCAGAUGUUAGUUUCGGCAUAUUCUCACUAUUGACGUGGCGGUCACUGGCUACAAUUAUAAUUAGCACGUGAAUGUUCUUGCUGUUCUAAGUGGGACCACAUGUUAAGAAUUUUAAGGAUAAAGCUUUUGUAAUGUUCUCAGAAGUAUUGUCGACGUCAUAUCCUUCUUGUUACGGAAAGACUGAACUGUACAGUAACUCACUGUAUUAGCACAUGGCUCUUCGGAGUCCCCUUAUGUCCAAUGCUUACUUGCAUUAACUUUGGAACAGAAUUUUUAAAUUAUGCUGCUUAUUGUCUCCACUGUAAAGGAGACGGCUCAUUAUUUAAAAGUUGAAUUACUGUCCAUUUGACUCUUACUAUUCUGUGGAGGUUUCUAAAAUUAUGUUAUUAAAGACCUAUCAUUUAUCCUGUUUUCAAAUCAGGAGAAAGGAAGCUGACCUUUUUUACCUCAGAAUUUAAAGUAUAAUUUGCUUUCGUGAUCUGUGUGUAUAGUUGUCAUUUUAAAAUUUCCCUUGUCGGUCAUAUUUAAAUUGCAAUAAUAGACUCCUAAAAAUAGUAUGAUAUACAUCAGCAUACACAAGAGUUGCCUCUGUCAAUUUCUAUUAACUGCCACUGUGUGCUGCAGUGCUUGCUCUGUAUUUAGGUAUGAAGUAUGUCUUCUGUUCCACCCUUGUGUAUAUUUUGCCAUCCAUUGAUUUUGUAUUUUCCCAUAGAUGUGCAAUAAAUUUAUAUAAAAGUUGAGAAA